UAACCUCUGUAACGGCGGGAAACGUGGAUGGAGCGCCCCCAUAUAUAAGCCGACUUUUCAACCUUGAGGUGAUUCAUCUUCCAGGCUCCCCUUCCAUCAAGUCUCUCGUCCCCAGCGCUCUGGUUCCCCAAUGGCAGCUGCCGCCGCUACCAAGAUCCUUCUGUGCCUCCCGCUUCUGCUCCUGCUGCCGCGCUGGUCCCAGACUGGGCGAGACGACCUUCACUCUCUUUGCUAUGACAUCACCAUCAUCCCUAAGUUCAGACCUGGACCACAGUGGUGUGCGGUUCAAGGCCAGGCAGAUAAAAAGACUUUUCUUCACUAUGACUGUGGCAACAAGACAGUCACACCCGUCAGUCCCCUGGGGAAGAAACUAAAUGUCACAAAGGCCUGGAAAACACAGAACCCAGUACUGAGACAGGUGGUGGACAUGCUCACAGAGCAACUACUUGACAUUCAGCUGGAGAAUUACACACCCAAGGAACCCCUCACCCUGCAGGCCAGGAUGUCUUGUGAGCAGAAAGCCGAAGGACACAGCAGUGGAUCUUGGCAGUUCAGUUUCGAUGGACAGAUCUUCCUCCUCUUUGACUCAGAGAACAGAAUGUGGACAACGGUUCAUCCUGGAGCCAGAAAGAUGAAAGAAAAGUGGGAGAAUGACAAGGAUGUGACCAUGUCCUUCCGUUACAUCUCAAUGGGAGACUGCACAAGGUGGCUUGGGGACUUCUUGACGGGCAUGGACAGCACCCUGGAGCCAAGUGCAGGAGCACCACUCACCAUGUCCUCAGGCACAACCCAACUCAGGGCCACGGCCACCACCCUCAUCCUUUGCUGCCUCCUCAUCAUCCUCCCCUGCUUCAUCCUAGCUGGCAUCUGAGGAGAGUCAUUUAGAGUGACAGGUACUGUGGGCA